CCUCACAUUCUUUGCAACUCUCCAUCCUUUUUCCUGUAUAAACUAUGAGAUCUUUUAAGAAACUGUUUCACAAGUCCAACGACGACCAGAUGGCGUCACCUAAGCACUCCAAACCAACGCCACUUGAACUCCCUUCGCAUGAGAGCAUGUAUGAGCCUUAUGCCGAUCCUUUCAAAGCCGUGUACGGUGGAGAGACCCCCCUUAAAAUUUCCGACAUUUCAUAUGUCGAGCAAGCUCCAGGGAUGCUGGACAUCCAUCGCGCGCAAUGGGACCAUCCUCGAUCGCGCGCCCACUUUGACAGGUCCGCGGACUUGGACAAUUUUCCUAGUCCCCCUCAGCAACCUGCGAAGCCCUCACGCAGCGGCUUAAGGACGACUUCAUUGAACUCGAGCAUGAGGCCCCAACUGCCCAUGCAGAACUGGGACACAACCGAGCGGCAUAUCGCAGGGAGAAACUGCAUUCUUCAACGGUCCCCUUCAGCCGCAUGCUUUUCGCGGCCUACAGCCACAGCCUACCCCUCCCUUGUCCGCAAACAGAGGCGUGGGGCGACAGUUGAUGAAGCUUUGGCUAAUGUGGUGAAAACGCCCGACGGCCGGGCUCCCGUCUUUGGUAGCAGCAGACAGGCGGAACGUGUGCGUGCCAAGUCGAGCGCUGGUUGCUCGUACACCCCUGCUCUCCCCGCUCCUCCUGUUCCUACCACCUCUUCGUCGCGUCCACCGAUCUCGCGCUCUGCGCACAGCUCACGGGCAAACCUGCAUCGGGUUCCAUCCCACGUCGCCAUUCCACGCACCGUUGCUCCAGACUACCGCACGUCAUAUAAAUGAUCAGUUAUUAUCCUGUAGCUCCUUGCCAC